AUGGAGAAGAACAACAACAAACGGUGGUAUUUUACUCGAGAGCAGUUGGAAAAUAGCCCAUCCCGUCGUUUUGGAGUGGACUCCGAUAAAGAACUUUAUUAUCGCCAGCAAGCGGCCAAUCUGCUUCAGGACAUGGGACAACGUCUUAACGUGUCGCAGUUGACUAUUAACACGGCGAUUGUCUACAUGCACCGGUUUUAUAUGAUUCAGUCAUUUACACAGUUUCAUCGAAAUUCUGUGGCUCCAGCAGCUUUAUUUCUAGCAGCUAAAGUAGAGGAGCAGCCAAAAAAAUUGGAGCACGUCAUCAAGGUGGCACAUGCUUGUCUCCAUCCACAAGAAUCACUUCCUGAUAUUCGGAGCGAGGCUUAUCUGCAACAAGUUCAGGAUCUGGUAAUUUUAGAAAGUAUAAUUCUGCAGACUUUAGGCUUUGAACUUACAAUUGAUCAUCCACAUACACAUGUAGUAAAGUGUACUCAACUUGUUCGAGCAAGCAAAGACUUAGCACAGACUUCUUACUUCAUGGCAACCAACAGUCUGCAUUUGACCACAUUUAGCCUGCAGUACACACCUCCUGUGGUGGCCUGUGUCUGCAUUCAUCUGGCUUGCAAGUGGUCCAACUGGGAGAUUCCGGUCUCGACUGACGGGAAGCACUGGUGGGAGUAUGUUGAUGCCACUGUGACCUUGGAACUGUUAGAUGAACUGACACAUGAAUUUCUACAGAUUCUGGAGAAAACACCAAGUCGGCUCAAACGUAUUCGGAGUUGGAGGGCAUGUGUGCAGGCUGCUGGGAAAACAAAAGCAGAAGACCGAGGAACAGAUGAAAACACUUCAGAGCAGACGAUCCUCAAUAUGAUUUCCCAGAGCUCUUCAGACACGACUAUUGCUGGUUUGAUGAGCAUGUCAAUGUCUUCUACCACAAACACAGUGCCUUCCCGUCCAGCCGCUGAAGAGUCGUCGAGCAGCUUGAGCAGUGUGGAGAUACUACAGGGUGAUCGUUGGCAGUCUUCUCAGCCUGUGCAGGGCCAUCGGACUAGUGAGAAUAUAGCACUUAUAGGAGUUGAUCACUCCUUGCCACAGGAUGGUUCAAAUGCAUUUGUUUCCCAGAAGCAGAACCUCCUCUCCCACCAUGACAGCCAUUCUUCAGUCAUUCUGAAAAUGCCCAUAGAGGGCUCAGAAAACCCUGGACGGCCGUUUCUGGAAAAAGCUGACAAAGCAGCUCUUAAAAUGAGACUCCCAGUGGCAGGUGGAGAAAAGGUUACCUCUUCAAAACCAGAAGAGAUAAAGAUGCGCAUUAAAGCCCAUACUGCAUCUGAGAAGCACAAUUCUGUAGAUGACAGUGUCACAAAGAACCGAGAGCACAAAGAAAAGCACAAGACUCACCCAUCUAACCACCACCAUCAUCAUAAUCACCACUCACACAAGCACUCGCACUCACAGCUCCCAGCUGGGACUGGGAACAAACGUCCAGGUGAUCCAAAACAUAGUGGUCAGACAAGCACCUUACCACACAAAAGCUAUAGCUUGUCUAGUUCUUUCUCCUCUUCUAGUUCUGCUCGGAAAAGACCCCCACAUGAAGAGAGUGGAGGAGGAGCAGUGUUUGAUCAUCCAGCAAAGAUUGCCAAGAGUACUAAAUCUUCUUCCAUAAAUUUCUCCUUCCCUUCUCUUUCUACAGUGGCCCAGUUGCCUGGCCAUAGCUCAGAUACAAGUGGCCUUUCCUUCUCACAGCCCAGCUGUAAAACUAGAGUUCCUCAUAUGAAACUGGAAAAAGGAUCCACUGGGGCCAAUGGUCACAGCACAACCCAGACCAUAGACUAUCAAGAUACUGUGAAUAUGCUUCACUCUCUGCUCAGUGCUCAGGGUGUUCAGCCUGCUCAGCCACCUGCAUUUGAAUUUGUUCAUUCUUAUGGUGAAUAUCUGAAUCCACGUGCUGGUGGAAUCUCCAGAUCUGGCAAUACAGACAAACCCCGGCCUCCACCUCUACCAUCAGAACCCCCUCCGCCACUCCCUCCCCUCCCUAAGUAA